UUUAGGGGGGGGGGUCUUCUUCAGCCAUGUUCUCAGCAGCUUUAGAGAGUCGCCUGCAGCGUUUCCACCGUGUCUCGCGAGCAGAUCCUUUCCUGGCGGCCUCAAUCUUGGUUUCCUCCUCAUUCGAUGUCUCUCGCUGUUUUCGUUCGUGUUCCAGUUCGCUGCCGCCAGUGUCGUCAGCCUGUCCAGAAUAGCGGGUUUGAAAUCCAGCCUCCUGCAAAGCCUUCGGUUUUGAUUCAGGGUCUCUUCAGGCCUGACGGGUCGCCUCUCUCCCCUCCCCAUCCAGAACUCCAUCCGGCACAACCUGUCGCUGCACAGCCGCUUCGUGCGCGUCCAGAACGAGGGCACGGGGAAGAGCUCCUGGUGGAUGCUGAACCCGGAGGGUGGCAAGAGCGGCAAGUCGCCCCGCCGGCGUGCUGCAUCCAUGGAUAACAACAGCAAGUUCGCCAAAAGCCGCGGGCGCGCCGCCAAGAAGAAGGUGUCCCACCAGGGCCGUGACGGGGGCCCCGACAGCCCGGCUCCACCCUUCUCAAAGUGGCCUGGCAGUCCCAACUCGCACAGCGCCGAUGACUUCGAGGCGUGGACCGCCUUCCGGCCGCGCACCAGCUCCAACGCCAGCACGCUGAGCGGCCGCCUCUCGCCCUUCCUGGCCGAGCCGGACGAGGUGGCCGAUGGUGGCGAUGUGCAUCUGGGCUAUGCGGCCGGUCCCGGGCCCAAGAUGGGUGCCACGCUGCCCAGCCUGUCAGAGGUGACAGGCUCGCUGGGUCCCCAUGGCUCCGAGGACAUCAUGGAUAACCUGCUGGACAACCUCAACCUGGUGUCUCCCAAGGCACCGUCAGGGGUUGGGGUGGGCGCCAGCGGUGGUCCCACCCAUUCCUCUCCCUCGCCGAUGAUGCAGGCCGCUGCCUCUGGCUAUCCAGUCUACAGCACCCCCAGCAGGGCUCCCCUGCCAACGCAGGACUACCGUAAGUGCCUGUAUGGCCAGGCGGCGGCGCUGGCGGAGCCCAAGCAGGCCUACGGCUCCUUCCUGAACCAGUACUGCUCACCGGGGCUCCUGAAGGAGCUGCUGGCUGCGGAUGCCGACCCCCGAAGUGGCGACCUCGUGCCGUCAGUGGAUACAGUGGUGACACAGCUAUCCGGCGGCAGCGCGGGGGGGCGUCUCCAUCCGGGCUACGGUGGCCAGGUACAGAACCCCCACCCUCACACUGUUCAUGGGCAGGGCCCCCCCACCUCAGUGGCCUUGAAUGGCCGUGGCCCCCACCCCCACCCUCACCCCCAUCCCCACCUGCUGGCCCACGGGAAGCAACACACCCAGCUGGUCCACGCCCACACGGCGCCCCCUGCAGGCCUGCUGUCCAGCUACAGCGGCAUAAGCAGUAACGGCUACGGCCGUCCAAGCCUGCUGCCCCCCCACCACCAGCACCACCCACACGUGCACCCCCACCCCCACGAGAAGCUGCCCAGCGACCUGGAUGGCAUGUUCGUGGAGCGCUUCGAGUGCGACAUGGAGUCUGUGCUGCACGACGCGCUCAUGGACGGCGAGUCGCUGGAUUUCAACUUCGACGGCGUGGCGGCGCCACAGGGCUUCCCGCACGGCGUCAAGACCACCACGCACAGCUGGGUGUCGGGCUAGGGAGUGUGUCAGCUGUGUGUCCAUCAGCCGAACUCAAGACCGUACGUAGCUGGCCCUGUUAGAAUCAGCUUGGGCAGCUAUUGCGCCCCCUACAGUGUAGUGCUUAGUAAGGGGUCUGGCCCCCCGCUAUUCAUGUUCAGCUGGCUCUGGGAUUUGGCACACGCCCCUAUAACUCGCCUGCCCCUUUAACGCGCCUGCCCCUUUAACGCGCCUGCCCCUUUAACGCGCCUGCCCCUUUAAGAACCAGAAGAAUAAAUAAGUCGCGUGCAUCAGGAAGUGGAUCACGGUCCACAGUCUAAAUGCAUCUUUGUUCAAAACAGAAGGAAAAAUUCCUCCCCUCCUACUCCCGUCCGAUCUGGCAGCGGGAGAGACUUUCCCAUCAUGCAUGAUUCAGGCCACUUGAGAUAAAGCUGCCACCCACCCCCUCCCCACCCGGCAGCAUCACCAAGGGGUUUAUUUAUGCCACAGAGCACUUUUCGGCGUGCAACAAGUGCCUCUCCGAUAUCACGAGCUCAGCUGCAGAUGCACAGACACACACAGAUAGAUGCAGGGGUGCAGGUGGACAUGCGAUAACGGACACACACAGACACACACCAGCUCAAGGUCACUGCCUCAUUUUCUUAAUUACGCUUCGUUCCGUGAUGCUCGUAUUUAUCGAUUUUUAACUGACAAAAGGUGUACAGCAUCCAGGAUAUUUUAUUUUUAUCAUGUACAGCGAGUUUAUGAAAUUGGAGUAAAAAAAAAAAGUCCUUUCUUUUAGAAAACUGGAUUUGAUUUAAAGUUUAUACAGGAUUGAUGUUUGCUGUGACGUUUGAAGGUCUGUCACGCACACAGUGCAUAACUUGCUACAUUUACUGUAAAUAUGCGUAUAAUGAAUAUAUUUUUAAAUGGCUAAAAAUGUCAAAUUCUUAUUUACCUUUUGUCUGUAUUUAAUUUUGCAAUUCUGUAUAUAAUAUGUAAGCAUACUCAACGUCAUAACAGUCGGAGAGCAGCAGGUGGCGCAGCCAUUAAGGAGCCGGACUUGUGAACAGCAGAAGGGCUGAGAUGUUGCACUCUGUGGUGCUCAGAUAUCCGUGUUAUGCGAGUGCAAAUAUAAAAAUGUAUGUAAAUCGGGAGCCUGAAGUCAGUCUGUUCCACACGCCACACAGGCCCGUCAAGUGGCUGCUAGGUGGCCCUCGAUUGGCCCUGUGGUCCUAUCUGAGGGAGAUGUGUAUAUAUGAAUAUGCACUGUUUAUGGUUUUCUGCAAAGGUUUUGAAGGAGUGUUGGUUUGAUCAGGCCAGGUGCAGCUGGUUGGACGACGUACCUGUUCAUCAUCUGAAUUGGUUUUGAGGUGCGGGGUCGUGACCCUAGUUAGCCCCGCCCCCUGGCCCUUGCCCGGCGAAUCAUGGACUCCCUCUCAGAGCAGCUGCCCGACUAGUGACACAAAUCAGUGCAGACAGGUAGACAUGAGGACGGACUCCCCUUUUGCUCUCCACCACGUGGCCCACUCUUAGUGGUUUGGAGAUGGGGUGUCAUUUUAGGUAUAGCUCAGAGAAAUACUCCUUUUCCAUACUCCUGACUUUCAGGUGGGUGGCGUAGCGCUUACACAACGUGCAUUAUGGGAUGUGGGUGCAGGCGAGGGUAAUGCGAGGCUCGUAAUGGAUUUAAAAGUCCGACUCUUUGUCCUGAACAGAGAGGCAGCAGCAGCGUUUUCUGCCUGGUUCGCUAAAUACCGGAAAGUGUUACCUAAUCUAAUUGCAGCUUGUACAUCGCCUUUUUGAAGUGUUACUUUUGUUCGGUGUCUUUUUAUAAUUUUUUUUCUAAAUAACACAUAACAUGUGAUGCUCCUUGAUAGGAAAGAAUCCGGUAAACAUAUCGGCACUUUGCGAUUCCGGUCCCCUCACCCAGGACAGACACGGAGCCACAGUGUGCCCCCCCCCAACACACAUAACUUCUCAUUCAUUACUUGUAUGUAAACCGACAAGUUUUGAAGGGAUCAGUUACUGUUCGUAUCAGCUAAUAUUUCUGCUUGACACGUGAAUAUAGCCGUUUAUCUGGUUAUCCAUCAUGCCCUUGCAGGUUUAACAGUUUUUACUGUUAGGCAAAGCCCCGUUCUCUUGGGAACGAGAGAUUUAGUGUGAGAAUCUUAUAUCCCUAUAGAGUAAGACCCGCAUUAGCUGGUGGGUGGGCGGUGCCUGAGCAUGGGUGUGGCCAGUCAAUUAUUAUCAGCCAGUCAGCAGCAGGAAAUUACUGCAGUAAGCCAAUCAGAUCCAUGUUCUCAGAAAACUAUAAGUGAUUGUUAUUUUUGUGAAUUGUGAUUAUGGUCCCAACUAUGCAUUCUUGUUUUAAGCUUAUGUUGUACUACAGAAUCAUGGAUGUUUAAUGUCACAGAUCUUUUAAAAUCAUUGUAUGAGAAAAAGAUGAAGUAUUUAGAUUUGAGAUGAUGCCAUGAUUAAAUGUUCCGUGUUUUUUUUUUUGGUUAACUGACACUGCUAUCUUUAUAUUUACCUUAGUUUACACAAAAUGACAGAUGAAGUUAAUGCUUUAUGUCAGUGAGAGGUGCUCAAGUUUCCUCCCUGCUGGACCAACUUUAAUCUUUUUAACAAGAAUUUUAGAUACUUCACUUCUGUUCUGUACCUCUCCAUUGAUAGAGAGCAUUGAAGAAAGAAGUUUCUUAACUCGUGUAUGCAGAGUAAUUCUAGCUUUGCUAUCUGCCUGUAAAUUUGUUGGAGUACGGCUGUUCCUACAUGUGGUAUACGUACACAUUCCCCACGCGUGUACCAGGAUACCUCAGCAUUUUUGAUCGUGUUCGCUCCUUUUGGACCAAUUGGCACUCCGCGAAGAAGAAUGCCACUCCCCCGAGAGUGAUGCGAAAACUCGCCCCGGGCGAUUCCACACAGAGGCUUUAGGACAUUCUGGAUCUUCGGAAGUGCCUGACAGAUUUCUCAGAACGGAGACUGUCACACUCACGGACGCACACACACUCCCAGAAAUGGUGUAAAAUGUGUGCUGGGAUCCCCAUUCCUGUCAUUGCUGUAUGCAGCUAUAUGUGUACAUAAAUGAUGUUAUAGAAAAUGUG